AUGGCGGAUCAGUUGACAGAUGAUCAGAUCUCCGAGUUUAAGGAGGCCUUCAGCCUAUUCGACAAGGACGGCGAUGGCUGCAUCACGACAAAGGAACUUGGAACGGUGAUGAGGUCCCUCGGCCAGAAUCCAACAGAGGCUGAGCUUCAGGACAUGAUCAACGAGGUGGAUGCUGAUGGGAAUGGAACCAUAGACUUUCCCGAGUUCCUUAACCUGAUGGCUCGCAAGAUGAAGGACACAGACUCGGAGGAGGAGCUAAAAGAGGCAUUUCGAGUGUUUGACAAGGACCAAAAUGGCUUCAUCUCAGCUGCUGAGCUCCGCCACGUCAUGACAAACCUCGGCGAGAAGCUCACAGACGAGGAAGUUGACGAGAUGAUCCGUGAGGCUGAUGUGGAUGGUGAUGGUCAGAUCAACUACGAGGAGUUUGUUAAGGUCAUGAUGGCCAAAUGA